UAUGCCAAAGCAAAGGAAAGAUAUUCGCGAGGCGGGCUGUAAAACAAACGAAUCGGGAUCUUAUGUCGUUGAAUCGAGCCACAAAUUAUACGGAAAGUGCUGUGAAACUGUCGUUGUUCAAUUGCGUGUAUAUGUGCGCUGGACCGCAACGCGCUAAUCGUCAAGAAAACCGUUUGUCUCGAAAGCCUUGCUAAAAGGCAAAAAUAUAUUGGGCGCCUUUUGCGAUUGUCGUGCUUGGCGUCGUGAAAAUUGUUGUUGGCUUUCGCGGGAAGCGUGCCAACGACUUCGGAAGGUUUCCCAAAAAACUACAAUAGUUUGGUUCUGAAACAGCAGAAAAAAAUAGUAAACAUGCCGAUUUGCAAACGAGAGGGUUUCGACCAAAAGGAGGGCAAAAACGAAACAUUCCAUGACAACGACCUGGUAUUCUGCUGCUACAUAACUAAGCGGAUUUUCCGGGACUAUGAGGAGUACUUCCGGCAUGUGAUGGUAAUCAACUCCACGGUGUGGCAGUGCGAGGCCACUAGAAAGGACAACCUUACCUAUGAAGAGGCCGUGAAGAGCGAGCGGGCAGCUCGCAAAAAGAUGGAGCAGUUCAAGCAGAGUCUCAGGGCCCCAGUGCUGCUCGUGGUGGAGCACGCCCGCCAGUCGGCGAAACAGACCCUCAACUUGCUGGUGGCAAAGUUUUUGCGAAAGCGCUACUUCGUCGGCGAGCAGGUGUCUGUCGUGGGCAAGAAGAACACUCAAUAUACUGUGCUGGGCGUUAAGCCUGGAACGAGUAUGCCGGAGCCGAGUAAUGGUGUCUAUGAGGACACCGAUAACCUGGAGUACCGCCUGCGCCCGGUCAAGGGUGGUGCCGACUCCAGUACAGAGAUUACAGUCCCAUUCGGACAACUGCGCCGCCAGCGCAUGGAAUUCAAUAUGGAGAACUUAAAUAUGUUCAUUAAAAGUAACGUGACCCGAGUGGACGGUAUCCUGCGGCCAAAACCAGAGGCUUACAAGCAGUACGUUACGGAUCCUGGGGUGAGCUUCUCCAGCAUUUUCAUCGGCAAGAUGCCACGGUACUCGCCCUCAAAAAUCAAGAAGCCCGACGUCAAGGAUGCCAAAAAGCAAUCCACCCUCAACAAGUUCAUUGUUGCCGAUGAGGUUACCGCCGCCAAGUCCAAGGCAAAGGCCAAGGCGGACGCCAAGUCCCUGGCGGAGGAAAUGGAGCGCGUGCGGCUAGAGAAACAGGCUAGGUUGGCGGAGUUGGAGCAGAAGAAGGCCGAGAAGAAGGCUCAGUUGAUGGAACGCGUAGAGACGGAAUGCAACUCCUUCCUCCAAAAGACGGACGACCUCGAUAGAUCCGAUCAAAAGGUGUUGCCGCGGUACAAGCCGGUAGUUACUUUUCUUCCGGAGCGCCUGCUGGGCGAUGCCUUCAUGAUGCGCGAGUUCAUGCACACCUACACAGGACUCCUGUCUGGUAUAGAGGUGUUCCGCCAGAAUCUUAGCUUCUAUGAAAUGUCCCGGGCGUUGAGUGCUCGCGAAAUAGCUGGUCCCCUGUCUGACAUCAUUUUGGUGCUCCUCGGCACAGUUUUCGAUCUACAAAAGGAGGAGGAGGAGGAGUGCGCCGUUAAGUACCUAAAAGGCAGAGUGGCGCCCCAGCAAAUGGAGGAGCCCUACCGCAGCAUGUCUCUAGGUACACUUUGCCACUACUACUCCGAGAGACACUUUUCCUUCAAGAUAAACGAACUGCCUCUCGAUGCUCUGACCCUGAGCGAAGUGCUGCGACUUCACCUGCUGUCCUCUGGAGCCCUGGUCAACGAGAAGACGGAGCGCUGGAGGGUUAUGUACCGGAAUGGCUACUCUUCGAAGGAGGAUCCGGGACUGGAGUUGCGCUUGAGGCACUCGCGCAUUCUUCGCAGCUUAAAGAACCACCCGAUAUACAAGCUUAAGUUUGGGGAUAUAAUGGAGCUGAUCCGGUGCCUCAUGAGCCAGAUUCUGACGUACUCCGGAACGAUAAAUUUAAUCGAGGAGCGCAUGGAGCAGACGGCGAAGGCAAGGCAGGAGCUGCGCAAUCUACUUGCCGGGGAAAACAAAAGACUAGCUGCCGUGGAAAUCAGCCGGAAGAAGAUAACCCAGACGCACCAGCCAUUGAUUUCUGCCGCAGAGCCGGACAAGAAGCAGGAAGUGGUGGAAAAAAUGAACAAGAGCAUAGCGGAGCUGCACGCCCAAUCCGACCAUCUGCACCGGAAGCACCUGCAGCAGGUUAACCAGUUGCACUCGCAGCUCUUCAACUUCUUGGUCUAUCUCGGCAUGGAUAGGUGCUACCGAAAGUACUACGUCCUGGAAUCUAUGCCCGGCAUUUUUGUGGAACACUCCCCGGACAGCAUGGACACCUGCUUGGAGCACCCACCCCUGAACAAAUCUCCCUCGGAGAUCCGGCAGCAAGCUCAGUUGCCUAAGAACCGCAAAGAUCUGAGGAUGUAUCUGUUAAAGUUGUACGGCGAGGACGAAAAGAAAUCGAGAAGGAGCGCCAAGCAGUCGAUGGAGAACAAGGAAAACCAGGAGCACCGCGUGAACGGAACCACUGAGCCGAUGGAAGUUGAAUCGGACCCUCCAGAGAUUCCGACUCAGUUCGAGCUAAUGAUGUGCAGCGGAGACAGUAGGAACUGCAUCGUCCAUGAUCCCGCAAAUGGGCAAAGGCAGCGCUGGUCCUACAUCUACAAGUCGGAGGAGAUUGACGAGCUCAUUGAUUCGCUGAAUCCGCAAGGUUUUCGGGAGUCCGAGCUGCUCCAAGAACUCUCCAGCCUGCGCGGUCUGAUUGAACAGCACGCCAAGUCCUGCCCCACGGAGGUUCUGACCCUCGAUAAUGAGAUUAGCCGGAGGAAGUUCACCAGCACCAUGCACUCUGAAACGCAUCGAAAAUACGGAGAUGCGAACUUUGGACUCGCGGACGGGACCGAUCUCAACGAGGUGAUGCACUCGCACCUGGUGGACCGAAUAAUCAAAUUCGAAACUGACAUCUACACCGGUGACCUGGGGCGGCUCAAGGUCAAGGAUAUGGAAAAGUGGCGAAACGACCUUUUGAGUGGCAACUACGAUCCACAGGGAAAGCUGCAGUGGGGAAUAGGAGGCGUGCUGGACGAUGAGGUGGCCAACGGCUCAGAGGAUCAAGAGUCUCAUGGGGACCCUGAAGAGGACGAUGAUGAUGCGGCGCCCGCGUCCAAAUAUGCCACAAAACCUUAUCGCGACCCAGGCCAGUAUCUGGUUGCACAGGAUGGAGAUGGCUCUCCGCACGAAGAUAGAAGGAUCGGAAAGGAAGACCUGGAAGUGGAAACGGACCCAGCGGAAAUCGAAACUGCUCCAAGUCAGGUCCGCAACAUGGCGGCGGCUCUUCUGCAAGUGGAACAGGCUAUUGGAAGGAGGUUCUUCAAGGAGCCGUACGGGAUGAAGAAGUGGGAUCCCAAGAACGAGGUACAGAGGCAGGCAUGCGAGUCACGGCUGCAACAGUGGGAGGUGUCUCUGAUGGAGAGCACUAGCUAUGCCCAGGUGUUCCUACACCUGAAUCUCCUACAUGACUGCAUCCAGUGGAGGAGCUCCACCAACAAGUCCCUGUGCAAAGUUUGCCGUCGUGGUAGUGAUCCGGAAAAGAUGCUUCUCUGCGAUGAGUGCAACGGUGGCACGCAUAUGUUCUGCAUGAAACCCAAGAUGCGGACGGUCCCGGAAGGCAAUUGGUACUGCAAAGACUGUGUGAAGAACCUGGGCCUGAAGAACUCCCACAACGAAAAGGAUAAGAAGCAAGCGGCCAAGAAGAAGCGCAAGUUCAUUGUUGAGGAGGAGGACACUGCCAACGAAGAGGAGGAAGUGCAGGAGGAAGGGGAUACCGAGGAGGAGGACGGAGAUCCAGACGAUGAGCCCGAGGAACAGGAGGAGGAGGACGAGGACGAUGAAGCGGCUGAGACCGAGUCGCGGGGCGACCAAAGCGAGGGCUCCCUCCGAUCGGCUCGGUCUGUGGUAAAAGUCAGUGGCCGUGCAACCAGAUUGGCCACCCGCCCCAGAGGAAAGCGGCUCUUGACGAAGGAGAUUGAAGAAACCGUCGAAGAAGACACUGAAAGCGAGCUCGAGGAGGACACCCUGACGGAGGAUGACGCCGGAGAAGAGGAGGACAAUGAGAAGGUGUGUCAGAGGUGCUUCUACGACGGCAGUGAGAUCCGGUGUGCCCGGUGCAGCCUGUACUACCACCUCGAGUGCGUCCAUCUGAAGCGACCGCCGCGCACGGAGUUUGUUUGCAAAGCGUGCAAGAGCUCCGAAUCGCAGCGCCCCAGGAGAAGGCAUAGUCACAUGAACGGCGAUGGGGACGACGACGACGACCAAGAUGAACCUCAAGCCAAACGUUCUCGUUCAUCCCGCAACUCGCUGCGCAUGUCCGUGGACAAGUCCACGUCCCGCCAGAGCAACGGCGCCAGGAACAACAACAACAACAGUACCAACAAUAACAACCAUCGUCGGAGCGGACGGAGAACUAACGAGAAUCUGCCGCUGAACAGCGCUGCGCUGUACGAUCUCCUCGAGCAGGUGAUGAAACACAAGGCCGCCUGGCCGUUCCUUCGCCCCGUGCUGACGUCGGAAGUGCCGGACUACCACCAGAUCAUCAAGGCGCCGAUGGACCUGGCCAAAAUCAAGUCCAAGUUGAACAUGGGAAAGUAUCAGCUGAACGAGGAGCUGCUCAACGACAUUCAAUUGGUGUUCCGGAACUGCGAUCUCUACAAUGUCGAAGGGAACGAGAUAUACGAUGCUGGCUGUCAAUUAGAGCGUUUCGUAAUGGACCGCUGUCGGGACAUGCACCUGCCGUUCAGGCCCAGCGAUAUGAACGCAGUCUGCUGAUCCCCGACGAUCACCGACUGUGCCACUUUAUAGCAG